AUGUCUUCUGCGGUUAUGCAACAUCACGGAGGUGAUGGUGGGGCAAAUCCUCCUCCAAAUCCAACGCAGAUACAGGCUGAUUGUGAGAGAGAAAUAAUAGUGACGACUAAAACGAAAAGGCGCGGCAUCAACAAGGGGUUUUCAACUCGAGAAGCUAGAGUUGCAUUAGGUAGACCACUAACACUGGAGUGGGAUGUUCGAGGGAAGACUUACAAAGAAAUUGGUGAUUAUUCCCAACAUUUCUCUAGAGAGAUCGGCAUUCUCAUUCGACAAUAUGCCGAUCCCGACUACGACCGAUGGGAUAAAGUACCCAGCGAAGUUAGAGAUCGCAUACUUCCUCGUCUAGAGGAUGAUUUAUUCGACAUUGGUCGAAGUCGAUAUGCCUCAGAGAACCUCCCCGGCAUUCUUUUGGGCAUUCAACGGUCGUGCGCUGAUCGUUACUCGGAGUGGAAGAAUGACUUGUCCACUCAUUUAAAAAAGAAUGGUCGAGCACAUCCUACUGAUGGUUUGGUGGUGGAGAAAUGGCAGAAGGCGUUCCAGUAUUUUGAUCGCCCUGAAGUGAAGAGGCGUUCUGAGACUAACUCUGCGAACCGUGCAAAACAAAAACAGAGAAGCGUGCAGGGUUCACAGUCUACGCCAGCCCUUCGUUACAAGAAGCAUGAUUUGCAAACUGGGUGUCUUGCUGGGGUUCCAGAGAUUUGGAUGGCGACUAAGUACAUAGACGGGGAAGGUUGGGUGAGCAAGGCAGCAAAAGAUAACUAUGAAAAGAUGAUAGAGAUACGUGACACUCUGCAGUCACAAUCAUCUACGAGCGCCUCUGCCUCGAGUACUAUCCCGAGAGAAGAUGAUGACAUUAUUCUUGUUGAGACGAUCUUUGGACGUCGUCGAGGCUAUCAGCCGGGUCUUGGUCGUAGGAUUCGCACGAGGGCGAAUUGUGAAGCGGCUGAGGUACCUCAACCAGCCCAACCACCUCCUACCGCACAAGACAUGCAAGAGGUGAGGGAGCGACUCCGAGCCAUAGAGGAGCACUUGGCUAGGAUUGGUGGAGUCUCGGGAUUUGGAUCUUCUCAGCAAGGUCAUGGUGCCGAUCCUACAACACCUAGUUAAAAAUAUUUAUAUUUAUGUAUUUUAAUUUUACUGUGAUAGUUACUUUGUUAUAAAAAUAUUUAUAGUAAAAAUAUAAUUUUGUGCAUGAUUAAAUUUCUCUUCUAUUUCAAAUCUUUUAGCAAAAAAAUGUGUUAGUAUAUAUAUUGAAUAAUGGCAUUUUUUUAAGUAUAU